AUGAAGUACGAAGACUACACCGUGGGAUGGAUCUGCGCCCUCCCGACAGAGAUGGCUGCAGCAAGAGGCAUGUUGGAUGAGGUUCAUGAGAUUCUGCCAUCGCGCCCACACGACAGCAACAACUAUACCUUCGGUCACAUUGGAGAUCAUAAUGUGGUUAUUGCCUGCCUCCCGUCUGGUGUGAUGGGUAAGAUAUCAGCGGCUGGAGUUGUCACUCAGCUGCUGUCCACUUGCACAGGGAUAGAAUUUGGGCUCAUGGUGGGGAUUGGGGGCGGAGUGCCCAGCAAAGAGCAUGACAUUCGGCUUGGAGACGUGGUGGUCAGUAAACCAAUUGGAACAUAUGGAGGAGUGAUCCAGUAUGAUUUUGGAAAGACGGUAGGAGAAGGAAAAUUCAUUAUAAUGGGCUCUCUUAAUAAGCCGCCAAAGACGUUGUUGACAGCACUGGCCAGUUUGGAAGCAAAGCAUAUGGCAGAAGACCACAUGGUGGCAAAGCAUCUCUCGGAAAUGACGAAAAAACAUCCUAAAUUGACAACUCACUCAACAUGUCCAGAUGUACGCUAUGACUCAUUAUAUACCGCAGAAUACGAUCAUCCAAAGGGGUAUGAGACAUGUUCACAAUGCGACGCUAACAAAUUAGUCAGUCGAGGGCCUCGCGCUUGUGAGGGCCCCGUUAUUCAUUACGGUCUGGUCGCCUCUGGUGACCAAGUGAUGCGACAUGGAGGCACAAGGGAACGGUUGAGACAAGAGCUUGAUGUGCUAUGCUUCGAAAUGGAGGCGGCGGGAUUGAUGGACAUUCUUCCAUGUCUCGUCAUUCGAGGAAUUUGCGAUUAUGCAGACUCGCACAAAAACAAACGGUGGCAACCGUAUGCGGCUGCAGCAGCGUCAGCAUACGCCAAAGAACUUCUCUCCGUUAUCCCAGGGAAGCUGGUAAUAGACAUACAGACAGCGGCUGAGGUGAAAGCUGCAGCUGUUGACUCUAGAUUUCAAGAAGUGGAAGUCAAUGCUUGCCUUACUGCACUCUUUCUGACUGACCCACGUGACGACCGAGAGACUAUUACACAAAUAAAAGGAUCAAGGGUCGAUGGCACAUGCGAAUGGAUCAAGACCAACACUCUUUAUGAUUCAUGGCUUCAUUCCCAUUCGCAAUUGUUACGCUUGUCCGGUGGUCCUGGCAAAGGGAAAACAAUGCUCUCGAUAUUCCUUGCUGAAGAGCUCGAGCGACGCGUGGAGGAUUCGGAAAGUUCACUGUUCAUUCAGUACUUCUGCGAUAACCGAGACGAAAAGCGAAAUACCGCCGUUGCCGUUCUCAGAGGAUUAAUCUGGCAACUUUUGAAACGCCGUCCCCAGUUGGUCAUUCAUAUCCUUCCAAGCUUCAGAGACCAGGACAAAACUCAGCUUAUCACGUCAUUCACAUCUCUCUGGCAAAUCUUCGAGCAUAUGGUUAGUGAUCCGGUCAUUGGUACUGCAUAUUGCGUGCUAGAUGGUCUCGACGAAUGCGAUGAAGGGUCACUAGAGGUGCUUCUGAAGAAGUUCAGUAGCCUCUUCUCGACGAAAUCCGAUCAAUCUUCAACCUGUCAUCUCAACUUGAUCGCUGUCAGCCGUGAGCUUCCAGACUUCAUACCAGAGAUAUUAUCAAUCUUUCCUUGUAUACAACUUGAUCCAGACGCAGAUUGUGAGAUCAACAGGGAUAUUCAUCAAUUUAUUAAGGUCAAGGUCAAUGAACUCUCGAACUAUAGACAGUUGCCGGGCCCAUUAUGUGUACACGUGAAGAAGGUAUUCUUGGCCCGCGCGAAAGGCACAUUCCUUUGGGUAGGAAUUGUAGCUUACGAGCUGAGGAAAUACAAAGCGACAGAAAUCGAAAGAGCCCUGAACCUGUUUCCAUCAGGGUUAGAAGAACUAUACGCCCGUAUGCUCCUUCAGAUUGAUGUUGAUCGACAACAAGCUGCCGCUAAGAUAUUACGCUGGGUUGUUAUGGCCUUUCGUCCUUUGACUCUUUUGGAACUUAGUGCAGUCAUAGAAACCACCGUCACAUCCAUGGGCUUUAGUCGCGAAGAAGUGAUAAGAGAUCAGGUGGCAUAUUGCGGAUACUUCCUAACGAUCAAGGAAGACAGAGUUAGCCUUAUCCAUCAAUCAGCCAAGGAUUAUCUUCUUCGCCAGACUCCGGAUUGUAACCCUAAAUUGGAGUAUUUCCGCAUAAAGGAAGAGGCCGCAAACUUAGAAAUUGCACGAAAAUGCUUCGAGUACCUUCAAGGCGGCGCUUUCGCAGGGGUUAAGGUCAACCUGGACCAACGCCACACAUUUAAAGAUUUCCCCCUACUUCCAUAUGCUACACUUCAUUGGCCUGACCAUGCACGACGGUUAGCUAGUUCAGAAGACAUUUUCGACUUGACACUCCCCUUUUAUGCCAAGAAGUCUAGAAUUCGAAAAUCUUGGCUGGAGACCUAUUGGGCAGCGGCGGUGGGUGGAGAUCUACCCACCUCCUUUUCACUUUUGCAUUUGGCUUCGUAUUUUGGCAUAAUCCCGCUUGUUGAGAAUCUUCUUUCCUGGAGAAAAAGUUGGAUGAUUCGUAUGAAACAUUUGACUUUUGUGAAUAAAAGGGACAGUGGUGGCAGUACACCACUAUAUUGGGCAGCUACACAAGGGCAUGAGGCAGUGGUGCGGCUACUUCUGAAGCAAGAGGCAGACGUCAAUACAAAGGGCAAAUUUGGUUGGACUGUACUACAUAACGUGGUUAUGAAUGGAGACAAGACAAUGACACGAUUAUUACUGGAGAACGGAGCCAAUGUUAACGCCAAAUAUACCGGAGGGACAGCACUAGAUUUGGCAGCUAAAAAUGGAGACAAGACAAUGAUAGAGCUGCUGCUGGAAUAUAAGGUGAAGGUCAAUCCCCUAAAUGGUCAUGGUACUCCAGUGCUAUUUGUGCCAAUUGCAAAAGGACAUGAGACAGUAGUGCAACUGUUGUUAAAGUACGGGGCGGAGGUCAACAUAAAGGAUGGUUUUGGAUCCACGGCACUACAUACUGCAGCAUUUGCAGAAGGUUUCAAUGUAGUACCACUGCCACUGGAGUGGCGGGAUGUCAGUGUGAAGUGGUCGGCACGAUAUGACGCAGCCAGAAGAAGAUAUGAGGCAAUAGUCCGAUUACUGCUAGAGCAUGGUGCAGACGUCCAUAUAAAGAAUAAUGCAGGGCUGACAGCGCUACAUGAGGCAGGUAAUGGAGACAGUCAGGCAGUGGCACAACUGCUGCUAGAGCACAGGGCAGACGUCAACGUGAAGGAUAAUAAGGGACAAACGGCGCUACAUAUGGCAGCUCUAGGAAGAAGUUGGUUAGGGGCGAAACUGCUGCUAGAGUACGGGGCAGACGUCAACGUGAAGGAUAAUAAGGGACAAACGGCUCAGGAUUUGGCAGCUGGACUCUGGGAUAAGGAAGUGGUACAGCUGUUAGAGGAGGCAGCAGCAGCAGCAAAAGAUUGA